CCUUUUGCUUCGAUUUCAUCCCCAUCAUACCGUACAAACAUGGAAAACAGCGUGCGCCAGAAGGGAGGCAUUGAUGUCUCGGCAGGAGACGAGCGAGACUACCGCCAUGUGGAGCUAGCGAAUGGUCUCUGCGUCCUCUUGGUGUCGGAUAGCGAGGCGGAGAAGUCGGCGGCGGCCAUGGACGUCCGCGUGGGCCAUCAAAGUGACCCGGACCACCUCCUGGGGCUUGCCCACUUCCUCGAGCACAUGCUGUUCAUGGGCACGAAGAAAUACCCUGACGAAAACUCGUACUCGCAAUAUCUGAGUGCUCACGGCGGUAGUUCCAACGCGUACACGAGCGGCACGGACACGAACUACUACUUUGACGUGCGGCCGCCGUACUUUGAAGAAGCAUUAGACCGGUUCGCGCAGUUUUUCAUCGCGCCGCUCUUCACUCCGGGGGCGACGGAGCGCGAAAUGAACGCCGUCAACUCGGAGAACAACAAGAACCUGCAGAGCGAUCCAUGGCGCCUCGAUCAAGUGGUCAAGCACACGUCGAGCCGCCGCCACCCGUUCCACAAGUUUGGCACGGGCAACCUCGUGACCCUUGGCACAGCGCCCACCGAAGAGGUCCGCGCGGAGCUCAUUGCGUUCCACGCCAGGUACUACUCGGCCCGCAUCAUGAAGCUUGUGAUUGUGGGCAAGGAAGACUUGGACACGUUGGAAGGGUGGGCGCGAUCCAAAUUCAGCGAAAUCCUGGACACAGGCGACAAGACGUUCGAGUACGAAGGCGUGCCGUUCGAGGCGCCGCAGCUCCAGCGUCGACUCAACGUCGUGCCCGUCAAGGACCACCGAUCCAUCGAAGUGUCGUGGCCGCUGCCGUCAUUACGGUCCAUGUAUUUGGAGAAGCCAGCGAGUUUGAUUUCGCAUUUGCUUGGUCAUGAAGGCCCAGGGUCGUUGCUAUCGCAUUUGAAGCGUCAGAAGUGGGCCAACGAGCUCUCGGCGGGGCUAAUGAAAGAGUACGACGACUGGAGUUUGUUCUGCGUCGAAGUCGAAGCGACGGAAGCCGGCUUGAAGCACGUGGACGAGAUCGUGGACGCGAUCUACCAGUACUUGCACCUGGUGCAGCAAGACCAGAUUGCGCCGUGGGUAUUUGACGAGACGCAAAGCAUCGCGCUCAUGAACUUCCGGUUUCGAUCAAAAGAAACGCCCAUCAACUACGCCACGUCCCUUGCCACGCGCAUGCAGCUGUACCCGGUGCAGCACAUCGUCGCAGGCAGUUCGCUCCUGUACACGUACAACCCUGUCCAAGUCGAGUCCAUCUUGUCGCAGCUGACACCACGUCGCAUGCGGCUCACGGUCGUGGCCAAGGAUUUUGAAGGGAAAACCACCGAUGUCGAGCCUUGGUACGGCACAUUGUACACCGAAUCAGCCCUACCACCCAGUCUCAUUCAACGGUGGGAGAGCCCAGCGCGAACCGAAGCGCUGUUUUGCCCGCAUCCAAACGCGUUCAUUCCGCAUAACUUUGACUUGGUCACGACCCCGACCCCUGGGAAUGUGCCAGUGCUCCUUCGCGACGACGCGGCGGCGCGGCUAUGGGUCAAGACGGACACGACGUUCCUCAAACCCAAGCUCAACAUUUGCCUCGCGCUGCACUCGCCGCUGAUUUACCAGAGUCCGACGUCGGUGGUGCUUACCGACUUGCUGGUACGCGCCAUCAAGGACCAGCUGACCGAGUACACGUAUGACGCCGAGCUAGCUGGGAUGCGGUACUCGCUGAGCUUUACCGCGACCGCGCUCGAGCUGUACGGCGGCGGGUACAGCGACAAGCUGCCUGUGCUAGUCCAGCUCAUCGUGGCCAAUAUGGUGCACUUUAACAUGACCGACGACGAAACGUUUCACCGGUUGAAGGACAAGACCAAGCGCAGCUACGACAACUUUGAACGCGACGACCCGUAUAAGCACGCGCUGUACUUUAGCUCGUGCUUGCUGGAAGACACCAAGUGGAUGGUGGCAGAGAAGGCCGCCGCGAUCGCGCACGUCACCCGCGCCGACCUCAUGGAGCACGCCGCGGCGCUGUUCCGCGAGUUGUUUGUCGAAGCAUAUUACCAUGGAAACGUGGAUGCGGCCACUGCGACCACGUUGCUAGACGACGCGCUCGCGACGAUCGGAGCGAGACCCGUGUUUCCAUCGCAGCGCGUCAAGACCCGCGCCGUCCAGUUAGCGUCGCCCGUCGAGUACGUGUAUGCGAUCCCAGAGCUCAACGUGGAAAGCGUCAACAGUGGCCUGUACACGUGCUUUCAACUGGGUCGCGAGUCGAUGCAUUUGCGUGCGACGAACGAAGUGUUUGCCCAGUUGCUUCGGGAACCAUGCUUCAACCAACUCCGGACGCUGGAGCAGCUGGGGUAUAUUGUCUUUAGCAGCUCCCACCGGGCGCACGGCAUCGAGUACUUUCGCAUGAUUGUGCAGUCCGACGUCGCGUCUCCUGCCUAUGUUGAGCGCAGCAUCGAGUUGUUUUUCCGGCUGGUUCGCACCGAUAUUGCCCGCUUGACCUCGGACGAAUUCCAGAAAAACAUCCAAGCGGUGGUGGAUGCACUCCUGGACAAGCCCAAGGCAGCAUCCGAAGAAUGUUCCCGCUUCUGGAGCGAAAUUUCCGCGGAAACGUACUUGUUUACUCGUCGCCAGGACCUCGCAGCCGUCGUGCGCACGCUCACGAUUCGCGAUAUUUUGACAUUUUUCGACCAGUUUAUUCUCGGCCCCAAUCGAGCCAAGUGCAGCGUCCACCUCCUCGGCCAUCAGCAUGUGGUUCCUGCUCUCAAAAGUGAACUCGGUGACGUGGACGCGGUGCUGGGGCCGCUGGCGUCGAUCGCGUUGGAUUUGAAAGAGAAUGCGACCCCUGCGAUUGUGUACAUCAAGGACAUCCGUCGAUUCAAACUGGGCAUGCCGCUGUUCCCCGAGCGACCGAGUGGACCCGUCGAACUAGCCAAGUAGAUAGCAUGCCUCCUCCCGUUGCGGCCGUGGCAUGCUAUAUGUAUAUAUAGCUAGCUAUAUACAGUAUAUUGGCUUCGUUUUUACUUGAUUCGUACUAUUAUUACCUACAUAUAUACUUUAAUCCAGGCAAUAAUUUAUUGUAGCCG